UAGGGCCUCGAUAAUACACACAAAUGGUGCAAAAAGACGGUUUCUUUGUUUGAUCAGCGACAAAAAACAGUUAGUGUUUCAAGGAGAUUUUAUUCUCACGUUCUGUCAGCGAAAAAGCAGCUCUCUUUAAUAUUUUAUCAACUUGGUUUUGUGAAAUCGGAUUUUUAUUUAGACUACGCGACCUGAUAAGUCCGUUUUGGAAAUUCAACUGGUGAGGUUGCUGUUGUCCGAAUUUCAAAACCAAUUUGUUGUUUUUUUCUUCCAAGGCGUUUGGUAAAACUCCUUUCGUAAGAGGUACCUUGCUAAUGGGGCCUUGAAAAAAAAACAACCACUUUGGUAUAAAAACGCCAAAAGUUUACCAUAAAGUAGCCGCUAGUUUUUCCUCUCGUCGGGACUGCAGCGGAACAAUACGCGACGCCACUGAUCAUUUUGAAGGAGAGAAAAAGAGUGUGUAUUUUGCUAAACGGCUACUAGUGUAGGCGUUUUACGCACGACGCACUGGGAGGCGAGCAGAAUAACCGUGUCUAGCUACAUAUUAAUCAAGUACUUGAUUUUAAUUCACUUAAUUGAGACAUAAACAGGAGAAGGAACCGCUCUUUAGCCGAAAGGCUAAUAGAUUGCAUGAAACCUACAAAUACGGUGAAAAGAAAUCGAUCCCCUGAGUGGAAAGACUUCACGUCAGCAGAUGCCACUUCGUGAAAGAAUUUCAAAGCCUGUCAUUUACCAGAUCAAGUUCCUCGUUUCAUCAGCUGCACAGUACUGCAAACCAUCUCGAGAUCGAGGACAAGAGUCGCGUUUUCACAUCUCUUAAAACACACAUCGGCUGAAAAAGGCGCAUUUGCCAAUCACAUCUAAGAAAGAAUCGAACAACGACAAUUUUUAGUUUUUUUGGGACUGCCCUACUUUAGAGCGGGCUGAAAUCUCAAAUAUUAGCCGUGCUUCUUUGUAAAGAAAGUCAUAACAGUGAAAACCUACGGAUUAACCGCAUCACGAAAGAACUGGGACGAAGGACAACAACAGUAAAGACACAACUCCAUCGAGUAAAUCGACUCCUUGGUUGAAUUUAUAUACUUUAUUCAGAUCAGCUUGCGUUGGAUCCCAAAACAACGAUGACGGAAUUGGAAAACAACGGGUCAAACCUCCCUACCAGUGCAGAGAUAUCUACGGCCGCGCAAGCUACCGGAGAAACGUAUUUUAGCCCCUCAUAUGAUGGGGCACUGAUUAUUCUAAGCGUUAUGAUAAUCGCCAUAAAUUUACUGGUGAUUUCACUGUUCUUUUACCGCGAAUAUCUACAGACAAAAACGAACAGUUUGCUCAUCAGUCUUGCCGUCUCCGAUCUACUAGCUGGUUUAUUGGGGAUCCCUCUGAUCGUCGCUUGUAACGCGGUUUUAAAAGCCGGAGUUUGUACAGCAGGAGCGCUGAUUUACCGCUUUAUAGCCGUCUCUACCAUGUACCACAUCCUUGUGGUGACUCUAGAAAGGUACAUCUAUGUGAUGUAUCCAAUGAAGUACAUUAACAUCGUGACGGCACCACGGGUGCUCAAAGCUAUCGCUGGCAUUUGGUUGUUCUCAAUUUUUAACUCGCUUAUCCAGUUGACUUGGGAAGAUCCAACACGAUUCUUCAAACCUCGCGAUUCAGUCUCUCAACAGUACGCACUUGCCUACACCAUCGUGGGAAUUGUCUUCUGUUUUUUUCUGCCUGCUCUGUUCAUGGCCAUCAGCUACGUGAGCAUGUUCAUGGUAAUUCACCGUCAGAUAAAGGAGAUCCGUGGCCUGUACAACACGCGCGCUACGGGCGCCAACAAUCAACGUGCUCCGAUUGCUACAGAAGCGCGCGCCCUGAUCAUCUUCGUGGCGAUGCUCUCAAUUUUCAUAAUUUGCUGGCUGACGUUUUAUGUCACCGGAUUUUUAAUUCUUCUCCCAGGGCUGCAUAUAGAGGCAAUACCAGAUGAGCUUUUUCCGAGGUCUUUGAUGGUGUUUUAAUUACAAGGCGUACUGCAAAGGAGAAACAAAACAAUGUUAAACUCUUUUAAAUGCUUUUUCAGUGAUGGCAGCUGGUUAUGUACUUUAUUAGUUUACGAUCUGAAAUGUUUGCCUCGAGUUCUGGGUAAAUACUGGAUUUUUGCCGACAAAAAUAUGAUUAAAAACCGUCCAUAAGAGGGCUCGCUUUAAAUAACAAUGAAAAACCACUUUCCAUUCUUUUAACGUUCCUAUUCAAUUCUUAGAAAGGAUGUGUACAUCCUCUAGGAAGAUUUCUCUCGAUAAAUAUUCCUUUGUGUUUUUCUUUUUGUCUUUGUAUUGAACGAAAGGAAAUUUGACAACAUUUCCGCUGUAACAAUUUACAUAAUAUUUAGAGGAAAACAAUACGCACACUGAUUAAAAUCAUAAGCUGCACAACCCUCAAGGACUUCAAUUCAUGACAUAGGAUUUCUCUUUGAAAUCUAACAAGUUUAAGUUUCAGUCAGAUUAUUUCAAAAUCUGAGGUUGAAUGGAAAAUCGGUCAACGCCCAAUGACAGUUUGAAAAUUCUUCAGCUGGUAUAUGUUUAUCGAAUGGAAUCAGUUUUUAUUUCAGUAAUAAAAAUCGUCGUAUCUACUAGUUCUAUAAGACAAAGGUUAAUGUUGCUUUAAAUACAUAAUUUAAAUUGUAAAAAUACAAUAGCGUGGGAUGUAUGGUUAGCUGACCAGCGUUUUUAAUAGCGCCUGGAGAAUUUUUUGUCAUCUUAAUUGUUAAUUUGCACGCGUCAGUGUUGAAAUUUCGUCCUCUGUAUACAAAAGAAUACCAUAGUUGAAGCGGGUUUUGAAGCUGGGUUUUAAUGGCUUGUAGUGACGAGAAAGUAAAAUAAAACAUUUAGGUAAAUAUAUUUACAACGACGUAAAGCAGUUGAGAGGUUUGCAAGUUUCCGAAGCGGGAUAUAAAUGAGAACACAC